UUGCACACUUGAGUUGGUUGGUGGUUGUGUAGUUUGAUACAGUGUACAUAAAUGGGCUCUGUUUUGGUCAUGUACAGCGAUAUAUAUUCAGGUUGUUGAUGGAUAGGGAAAAAACCUAAGGCGGUUGUUGCUGGUCUGGUACAGUGUUCACUGAGGUUAUUCUUUGGGUUCAUUGUACACUGAGGUUGUUGGUUGGGUUCAUUGCACACUGAGGUUGUUGUUUAGUUUCAUUGUACACAGAAGUUGUUGGUUUGCUACCGUGUUCACUGAGGUUAUUGUUUGGGUUCAUUGUACACUGAGGUUGUUGGUUGGGUUCAUUGUACACAGAAGUUGUUGGUUUAAUACAGUGUUCACUGAGGUUAUUGUUUGGGUUCAUUGUACACUGAGGUUGUUGUUUGGGUUCAUUGUACACUGAGGUUGUUGGUUGGGUUCAUUGCACACUGAGGUUGUUGUUUAGUUUCAUUGUACACAGAAGUUGUUGGUUUGGUACCGUGUUCACUGAGGUUAUUGUUUGGGUUCAUUGUACACUGAGGUAGUUGUUUGGGUUCUUUGUACACAGAAGUUGUUGGUUUGGUACAGUGUUCACUGAGGUUAUUGUUUGGGUUCAUUGUACACUGAGGUUAUUGUUUGGGUUCAUUGUACACUGAGGUUAUUGUUUGGGUUCAUUGUACACUGAGGUUGUUGUUUGGGUUCAUUGUACACAGAAGUUGUUGGAUUGAUACAGUGUAUACAGAGGUUGUUUGUUGGGUACAGUGUACACAGAGAUUGUUUGUUGGGUACUAUGUAUACAGAGAUUGUUUGUUGGGUACAGUGUACACAUAGAUUGUUUGUUGGGUACAGUGUACACAGAGGUUGUUUGUUGGGUACUUUGUAUACAGAGGUUGUUUGUUGGGUACAAUGUAUACAGAUGUUGUGGAUUUGGCACAUUGUACACAGAGGUUGUUUUGGGGUACAGUGUACACAGAAGUUGUUGGUUUGGUACAGUGUAAACAGAUGUUGUUUGUUGGGUACAGUAUACACAGAAGUUGUUGGUUUGAUACAGUAUACACAGAAGUUAUUGGUUUGGUACAGUAUACACAGAAGUUGUUGGUUUAGUACAGUGUACACAGAAGUUGUUGGUUUGGUACAGUAUACACAGAAGUAUACAGAGGUUGUUUGUUGGGUACAAUCUAUACAGAGGUUGUUUGUUGGGUACAAUGUAUUCAGAUGUUGUGGGUUUGGCACAUUGUACAAAGAGGUUGUUUUUGGGUACAGUGUACUCAGAAGUUGUUUGUUCGGUACGGUGUACACAGAAGUUGUUGGUUUGGUACAGUGUACACAGAAGUUGUUGGUUUGGUACAGUGUGCACAGAGGUUGUUGUUUGGGUUCAUUGUACACAGAAGUUGUUGGAUUGGCACAUUGUACACAGAGGUUGUUUUUGGGUACAGUGUGCACAGAGGUUGAGGGUUUGGCACAUUGUACACAAAGGUUGUUUUGGGGUACAGCGUACACAGGUUAUUUGUUGGGUACAGUGUACACAAAGGUUGUUUUUGGGUACAGUGUAUACAGAAGUUGUUGGUUUGGUACAGUGUACACAAAAAUUGUUGGUUGGGUACAGUGUACACAAAGGUUGUUUGUUGGGUACAGUGUACACAGAGGUUGUGGGAUGGGUACAGUGUACACAGAGGUUGUUUGUUGGGUACAGUGUACACAGAGGUUGUGGGUUGGGUACAGUGUACACAAAGGUUGUUUGUCGGGUACAGUGUACACAGAGGUUGUGGGUUGGGUACAGUGUACACAGAGGUUGUGGGUUGGGUACAGUGUACACAGAGGUUGUUUGUUGGGUACAGUGUAUACAGAGGUUGUUUGUUGGGUACAGUGUACACAGAGGUUGUGGGUUGGGUACAGUGUACCUACAAGGAGAAUGUUGUUGGUUGGGGCUGAGCAGUCUCUCCCUGUGUACAACACCAAUGGAAAAAGGCUUAACUUACAGGGAAUCAAUAAUCUUAUGGUAAUUGAAAAAUCUUUUGAGUAAUGUGGACUAGGCCUACUGUCCUUGACUCUUAC